UUUAAUUGUGAUGUUUGUAAUAAGUCAUUUAUUAAGAAGGAUUACCUAAAGAAACAUAAGGUAAUCCACGAGCCAUUUAAACCUCAUCAGUGUCCUGAUUGCUUUAAAACCUUUCACAAUCAGGGAGAUAUCAGAAAACAUAUGAAAAUUCAUGAUAAAGUGGUAUACGAAUGUGAUGAUUGUGGGAAAUGCCUGCGUACUGCUUACGGUUUGGAAAUUCAUAAAGCAACCCACAGACCGGAUUCAGGAGUGCAGUGUAAGAUAUGUGAUAAAUAUUUAAGAAAUAAAGUGAUCUUGAUGAAUCACAUGUAUAUACAUACUGGAGAGAAGAAGUAUAAAUGUGACAUCUGUAAUAAAUCAUUUAGACAGGGUGGAACACUAAAGGUUCACAAAAAAAUACACUCUGGACUUAAACCUUACAUGUGUGAGGUUUGUGGUAAGUCCUUUGUGGAUAGCAUUCAUUUAAAACGUCACAAAUCUGUACAUGUCAAAGGUAAAAGAUUCCAAUGCACUAAGUGUGAUAAAUCAUUUAGACAAAAGACCAGUUUGAAUAAACACUAUAGUACCCAUGAUAGUGUUUAUCGUUGUGAAUACUGCACAAAGAUUUUAUUAUCUGUAGAAGAGUAUCAGAAUCAUCAAAAAGUAUUUUACUCUCCCAAACCUUGUUGUUGUGAAGUUUGUGGUAAAACUUUCCAGAAUAAAUCACUUCUUAAAACUCAUAUGUCUGUUCAUACAGGAGAGAGACCAUUUACCUGUACAGUUUGUAACAAAACAUUCCGUACUAAAAUACUAUACAAGGAACAUAUAACUUUACAUACUGGAGAACAACCUUAUAAAUGUGCUGUUUGUGGGAAGGCUUUUAGACUGUAUAGUACUCUAUCUGCUCAUAAGAACACUCAUAACACAGAAUUGUCCUUUACUUGUGAUGUUUGUGGGAAAGGGUUUACUACUGCAGCUUAUUUGAAGAAACACAAGGUGUCUCACAGACCUGACAAACCUCAUAAAUGUGAUCUUUGUGGUAUUGGAUUUAGAUUUGCUUCAGCUCGUAAUGUCCAUCGUAAAGAUCAUGAUGUUACUGCAAAAGGAGGCUACGAAUGUCCAUUUUGUGGCAAAAAAGGAUUUCAGUCCCGAAGCUGGUUCAACGCUCAUAAGAAAACAUGUCGCGAAACGCCAAGAUUUUGCACGGAGUGUGGUAUUCAUUUUUCACGAUCUCAUACUUAUAAACAUCAUGCUGAAAAAUAUGGCAAUGUAAACCCCCAUUAUCAUUGUUCAAAAUGU